AUGUCUUCAAUGCAAAAGUGGACGGUCUCUGAGCCGUACCUCCCAAUUUCCGGGACCUUGCUCGAGGGGCCAUUCUACGACAAAAGUAGGAAUGAGUUUCGCUUCGUCGAUAUCUGGGAGCAGAAGCUGUAUGCCAUGGACCUUGCUGAGGGGCCAGAGUCCCUGAGGGUCCUCGAUACGUCCGAGGCCAUCGGGAUGACCGCGAACAUUGCAAGCGUUAGCGAGAGCCAAAAGGAACAUAUAAUUGCGGCCGCUAAGCACGGGUUUGCUCUCGUCAACCGCAAUACCGGCGAGCUAUCGUACAUCGCUCGCCCUUGGGAUGAACCAGAUAAGCUCAAAAGGAUGCGCUUCAAUGAUGGGGCGGUUGACAGUAAAGGCCGUCUAUGGGCAGGAGCGAUGAAUGACCCUAAGAUUAAAAGUCCAACCAAUGAAGGGGUCCUCUUUCGGCUGGACCCUGACCUGAAACUGAAUCAUAUGGUUGAGCAGUUGACGAUACCAAACGGCAUCGGCUGGAAUCUUGCCAAUGACACUAUGUACUUGACGGAUUCCCCAACUGGUAGGAUCUUUGCCUUUGACUUCGACGAGAGCACCGGCGAGAUAAGUAACAGGAGGGUUCAUUUCGACCUCGGGGAACCGAAAGAGCCUGACGGAUUUGCCAUCGAUACCGAAGGGUGUAUCUGGAGCGCAAUCUACGGGGCGGGCAAGGUAAUCCGCAUUGACACCGAAGGGAAAGUCAUUGGCGAGAUAUCGCUCCCCACCAGGAAUAUCACCUGUCCAGCCUUUGUGGGCACAGAGCUCUUCAUAACAACUGCCAAGGACGAUACCAACGACGAGCAAUUCCCCGAGUCAGUCCGGUACGGAGGCCAUAUCUACAAAGUCGAUGUGGGAAUUGGGGGACAACCAAGACAUGAGUUUAUUAUCGAUAAAUGA